AUAAAAUAUAAAAUAAGAAUCUCUCAACACUGACUGAAAAAUUGGGACGUUACUGACUUGCCCAUGCCACCCACUUCCCCUUUUUCUGGAGAGCGCAUGCCGGUGUCACUUGUGUAACUUUGUAACUGUUCGAGAAACUUAAAAACUCAAACGCCUCCUACACACUCCGCACUGGCUCGCGCGUUUAAGAUGCGAGAUAGUCUGAACGAUAGUUCCUCUCAUUAUAGUUCUGCGCGGUUAAUAAGAACUCAGUCUCGGGAUUUUGCGUGUUAAUAAAUUGUCACGUGAGGGUAUCUUCUUUAGAUAAUUCGUUUUCGGUUAUUUGAUUAGCACAAUGAAGGGACUUGGCUUGAAUGCAUGUUUAUUGUCAUUGACACAGUUAUGCUUCCUCGGAUGUAUUUUACAAAAAGUUCUUACGCAAGAUGCUUCGCCUUCAGGUGCCGUAAGGCAGAGAAUGACUUGGAAAAACAAUGGGCAGGUGUUUAGUAUACUUAGCCACGGUUCCGAAUAUCAGCGGUCGGGCCAACGGACAGGAUCAGCUCAUCGAAAUCCCAUAGUUUUCAUUAGUAACAAUACUGAGACAUCUGAGCCGUCUAACGUGAAUAGGCAACCCACGUCAAGGAGCUCUCCGCGGCGUCCAGCGCCGGCUGCGCAAUUACGCACAGCGCGCCGAAAUCCUAAUGAUGCAAUUAGGCAAAGACCACAAGAGAGCCGGGAUAAUGUGUUAAAUCACAGCGACGACAAACCGACAGACACUAACUCUCCUGUUGUGAUCAAUUCGAGACGGGAGGAUAUUAUGGUUGGAGAUGAUCCUAACAACCCCUAUAAAUACAUUGGUUAUAAUCCUUAUUAUAAUUAUUAUGACGCAUACUACAGACCUAGAGUCAGAAGCAGACCGAGAUAUGACAAUGGAAACGGUUAUAGCACAAGUUAUCAUCAACAAGGAGGUCUCCCUGACUUGGUUCCAGAUCCAUACUACAUCCAAGUUUCCUCCUACAUACAGAGGUCACCCAUGUACAAUCUAAGAUGUGCAGCUGAGGAAAAUUGCCUUGCAAGUUCUGCCCGGGGAAUGGCGGACUAUGACACGCGGGUGCUGCUCAGAUUCCCCCAGCGUGUCAAGAACCAGGGCACUGCUGACUUCUUGCCCAGCAAACCUCGCUACGCUUGGGAAUGGCACAGCUGCCAUCAUCAUUUCCACAGCAUGGACGAGUUCAGCCUUUAUGAACUGCUGGAUCCUGGCACAGAGCGACGCGUGGCAGAAGGACACAAGGCCAGCUUCUGUCUGGAGGACACGUCAUGUGACCCGGGAUACUACCGACGCUUUGCCUGCACCUCCCACACUCAGGGGUUGAGUCCCGGUUGCUACGACACCUACAAUGCUGACAUCGACUGUCAGUGGAUCGACAUUACAGAUGUGCCGCCCGGGAAGUAUAUCCUUAAGGUCACCGUGAACCCGGGCCACCAGGUUCCGGAGUCCAACUUCAACAACAACAUCGUCCGCUGCAGUGCUCAGUACAGCGGUACCUCCGUCCAGGUGUCGGGCUGCACAGUCACCUCGUACUAAGGAAAUAGUCAAAGCCACCGAAGAAGCUGUAAGGGGAUUAAUGGAGUGAGAUGGACGGAGAUGAAGCAACAAUGUCCUACUAAAUGGUUCUUAUUUUUGUCUUUUGUUUUCAUCUUAUAUCUUUAGGGACAUUCUUGAUUUAAACAAUAGGGUUAGUGUAGAAAUGUAAUAGCAUUAUGGUUUUCACUGUUUUUAGAGACAAUGUAAGUAGUUGAUGGAGAAACAAAGGUCAUUAACGAGAAUGAAUACAUUAAUUUAUCAAAGGUCAUAGACGAGAAUGAAUACAUGAAUUCAUCAAAGGCCAUAGAGGAAAAUGAAUACAUUAAUUUAUCUUUGAAGCAUAUUUUGGUUGGAAGUCUUGACAUUAGUCUUGAAUUAUUAGAUUUUUUUGUAAACAUUAUGCAUUAUGUUUCUGUUCAGGUGCAACAUUGACACUGAAUUAGGUGUAUGGUAUAAUGUAUUUCAUGUAAUGUAUUUCAAAAUGUUGCCAUUUUGAAAUUACAAUUAUUUUUUCAAAGAUAUAUUUUCAACCAGUUUGUGGACAGGAAAACGGUGGUUCUGUGCAGGAAGAUGAUUUUCUGGCAGAAAAAGCAGCAGGACUUGAACACUCACUGCGGCAUAAUAUGUACAUCAGCGGAAGCAGCCAGACUGCCAAGCCACAAUACGCCACAGUGUGCAACUGUGCACAGUUCUAAACAAUGCUUCCAUGUGACAUAUUGGUGCUACAUUACUUGAGCUGUGUUAUAAAUGUUAGGAGGCAAGAGGAUAGUUGGAAUAUUUGUUCUAUUGGGACUACAAGUAAUUAUUUACUUUUAUGCAUACAGGUACAACAUACUCUUUUAAACAAGUUC